UGUGGGGUGCUCGCCGCGGCGCUCCGCUUCCUCCCAUAGUAGUUGGCGCAGGCCCCGCCUCCCGGCUGUGUUGUCAAACGGGCCGGGGUCUCGGAUUGGUCCAGCCUCCGGGACAACACCUGCUCGACUCCUUCAUUCAAGUGACACCAGAGCUUCCAGGGAUAUUUGAGGCACCAUCCCUGCCAUCGCCGGGCACUCGCGGCUCUGCUAACGGCCUGGUCACAUGCUCUCCGGAGAGCUACGGGAGGGCGCUGGGUAACCUCUAUCCGAGCUGCGGCGAGGAGGAGGAAAGGGGCGAGCCGGGAGGAAGAGUGGGAGGAGGGGGGAAGCAGCAGAGGAGGAAAAGGAGGAGGAGGGGCGCACAAAGAAUCCAGGUCUCCCGGAGGGAGGGUGAUACCCAGAACCAUGUGUGCCGAGCGGCUGAGCCAGUUUGUGACCCUGGCUUUGGUGUUUGCCACCUUGGACCCGGCGCGGGGGACCGACGCCACGAACCCUCCGGAAGGUCCGCAAGACAGGAGCUCCCAGCAGAAAGGCCGUCUGUCUCUGCAGAACACAGCGGAAAUCCAGCACUGUUUGGUCAACGCCGGAGACGUGGGGUGUGGCGUGUUUGAAUGUUUCGAGAACAACUCUUGUGAAAUCCGGGGCUUACAUGGGAUUUGCAUGACUUUUCUGCAUAAUGCUGGAAAAUUCGAUGCCCAGGGCAAGUCAUUCAUCAAGGAUGCCCUGAAGUGCAAGGCCCAUGCCCUGCGGCACAGAUUUGGCUGCAUCAGCAGGAAGUGUCCGGCAAUCAAGGAGAUGGUUUUCCAGUUGCAGAGGGAAUGCUACCUCAAGCACAACCUGUGCUCAGCGGCGCAGGAGAACAUCGGCGUGAUGGUGGAGAUGAUAAACUUCAAGGACCUCCUGCUGCACGAGCCCUAUGUGGACCUCGUGAAUCUGCUGCUGACCUGCGGGGAAGAUGUGAGGGAGGCCAUCACUCACAGCGUCCAGGCUCAGUGUGAGCAGAACUGGGGAGGCCUGUGCUCCAUUCUGAGCUUCUGCACCUCCAACAUACAGAGACCUCCCACUGCGGUCCCUGAGCAUCAGCCCCCGGCAGAUAGGGCCCAACUACCCAGGCCUCACCACCGGGAUACAGGCCACCACCUAUCAGAAGCCAGCAGAGGCGCCAAGGGUGAGCGAGGAAGCAAAAGCCACCCACAUGCGCACGCCCGAGGCGGAGCAGGUGGCCAGAGCGCCCAGGGACCUUCUGGGAGCAGCGAGUGGGAAGAUGAACAGGCCGAGUAUUCCGACAUCCGGAGGUGAAACGAAAACCUGGCCAAGAAAGUUUCCUCCAGGCCGUCCAUUUCCUUAUCUAUGGACAUUCCAAACAUUUUACAUUAAAGAGGGGAUGUCACACGCAGGAUGUGUGCGAAUUGUGGACUUCAUGCAGGUGUCUGAACAGGUGAGAUGAGGUCUCAGGUGCCUGCCCUGUGGGUCGGCACCUACGUAAGCUUAUUCACGGGAGUGUUGCCUUGAGUCUGCCUGUGGCUUUGUCCCUUUCGGUCUGUGGGAGCUAGUG